UGAACGGCGUGAUGGAUGACAAGCCCCUCUCUGUGCCCCGGGAUAUCGACCUCCGCCUGGACACCAGCCCCAUCACCGCCGUGGAUGCUCUCGUGCUGCGUUAUUUCCUGGAGUACCAGUGGUUCGUGGAUUUUGCCAUCUACUCCACCGCCGUGUACGUCUUCACUGAGGGCUACUACUGCCUGGUGGACCCCCAGAAGGAGACGAACAUCGGGGUGCUCUGGUGCCUGCUGACGGUUGUCUUCUCCGUGUAUCCUUCUGCUGGCUUUUGGGGGGUGAUUGCUGCCACCCGCCAG